UCACGUCGUACCAUUCCCAUCAAGGUCCACCACCACUGCCCCCAUUAGCAUCUCCACCGUACAAAGCUCCGAUUAGAUUCACCGAAUCACACAAUCUUAAAAAUCCUUCCUUUCGUGAUGCGGAGGAUUCCGUUAUCGUAAAAAUUUGUCCUUUAUACAAUCUUCUUUUAGGGUUUCGGACUUCAAUGGCGCCUUUUGUUGAGGUCUGUAGGUAUAAGCCUACACCGCUCUCGUUAAGCUCUCUCUGUACAUGUCCUUGCCGUUCCUCUCCAAGAAAAUCUCUAACUCUUCCCCACUUCUCCGAAAAGUAUUCGAAUUUGGGUCUCGUCGAAUCCAAAGCAUUGUCUCUUUCUCGCUUUAGUCGUAUUCCUGUUAACCGGCGUGUUAUCAUCACGGCCGUUGCUCGAGCUGAAUCAAAUCAAAUUGGUAAUGAUGGCAACUCAAAGGAGGAACACAGCAGAGAUCAAGAAGAAUUGGAAGUUAUUGAAGAAGAUUCGAGUGUAGAUGAUCAGAAGCAGAAAUCUAGAAGCCAGUUUAAGAAGAGAGUAAUUUUUGGUCUAGGAAUUGGCUUAUCUGUAGGAGGUAUUGUAUUAGCUGGAGGAUGGGUUUUCACAACAGCAUUAGCAGCUGCGGUUCUUCUAAGUGCUCGAGAAUACUUCGAACUAGUGAGAAGUAAAGGAAUUGCUCAAGGAAUGACACCUCCUCCACGAUAUCUUUCUAGAGUCUGCUCGGUUAUAUGUGCCCUUAUGCCUAUACUUACAUUGUAUUUUGGUCAUAUAGAUAUCUCGGUGACAUCCGCAGCAUUUGUUGUUGCAAUGGCGUUGUUGUUACAGAGAGGAAACCCUCGUUUUUCUCAGCUGAGUAGUACGAUGUUUGGGCUGUUUUACUGUGGAUAUCUUCCUUGUUUCUGGGUUAAGCUACGCUGUGGUCUUACUGCUCCUGUUCUUAACACUGGAAUUGGAAGAAGCUGGCCAAUUAUUCUCGGUGGUCAAGCACAUUGGACAGUUGGACUUGUUGCUAUAUUGAUUUCAUUCUGCGGUAUAAUUGCCUCAGACACGUUUGCUUUUCUCGGUGGCAAGGCAUUUGGUAAAACUCCUCUUAUUAGCAUUAGUCCAAAGAAGACAUGGGAAGGAGCUCUUGCAGGACUUGUUGGUUGUAUUUCCAUUACCAUUCUACUGUCCAAAUCUUUGUCUUGGCCUCAAUCUCUUGUCAGCAUUAUAGCUUUUGGAGUUCUUAACUUCUUCGGAUCGGUCUUUGGUGACUUAACUGAGUCAAUGAUCAAACGUGACGCGGGUGUCAAAGACUCCGGCUCACUCAUCCCUGGACACGGUGGAAUAUUAGACAGGGUUGAUAGUUACAUAUUCACUGGUGCAUUAGCCUACUCGUUCGUAAGACUUCAUGGAGUUUGAUUCUGUGGUGUUAAUCCAUAUCCCCAAGAAACUCACUAUAGCUUCAAGAAUACUUACAAAACCGGUGCUACUUUUUCCCUCUACGAACGAGAGUGAAGUUCAAAAGAAGAGUACAGCAAUAUGGCUGCAGAAAUUUCUGAGAUUACCCUCCGGUUUGUUGUUUGAUUGAACCGGUAUGCAAUUUUUGCUUCCAUGGGAGUAAGUAACUGGUUCCAUCAUUCGGCCCGUUGAUUUUGUGUUGUCUGACUGGUUGGUUAAUGAAACGGCGGCGUAUGCAAUUGAUUUACUUUUCAAAAAAUUGUUUUCCAGAUGGAUUGAAGAAAGAAAGAAAAAGACUAAUGUCAUGUGGGGAUGUUAAUGAAUGCGUUGUUCCCAAGCA